AUGGCGCAAGUGCCCCCGAACAAAUUGACCGAGUUGAGGUCAAUUAUUGACGGUACACCGGCAGUAGAAAAGUACGCGUACAUUAAGGCAAAACUGAUCGGAUAUUUUGCCGACAGUCAGCAGCGGCGCCUGCAGCGUGUAUUGUCCGAUAUGCCGCUUGGUGAUAAAAAGCCGAGCCAGCUUCUCAACGAAAUGAAGCGCGUUGCUGGCAAUUCCCUUAGUGAACCGGUUCUUAUCGAUUUGUGGGCAUCAAGGCUGCCACCACAUGCCCAAGCUGCAGUGAUCGCUUCUCGCGGUGACGCCGCGGACAAAACCACCAUCGCUGACGCCAUUGUGGAUUCAAUGAGCCUGAGAAGUAUUAACGCCGUCGAACGUAGCAACGCAGCGAUGGCGCCUGGCCACGUGGCUGAUGCCACAAAGUCAACGACCGCAUAUACGGCCAACGACCCCAUAUCCGAUCUACGGAAAGAGAUUGCCGAAUUGUCAAGGCGCCUUGAAAACGUGCUGCCUAACCGAAGGUACCGAGGACGAUCGAAUUCCCGCACCGGCUCAGCACAUAUGCUAACAGCCAGAGUAAAACCAUCACCGAUUAAACUGUUCGCCGCGAACGGAUCGCCGAUUAAUGUAUACGGUGAAGUGUUGUUGAAGAUCAACCUCGGCCUUCGUCGCGAGUUCCUGUGGUCGUUCCUGAUAGCUGACGUCACUUCGGGGAUAAUCGGCGCGGAUUUUUUAGGCAAUUUUGAGCUGCUGGUGGAUAUGAAACGGAAGCGCCUCAUCGAUAAUACCACUCAUCUUGAGUCGGUUAGCUUGCUAGCGAAGAGUGAGCAGUGUUCGGUUAAGACCUUCCAUCGAAUCGAAACAACAGGGCAACCUGUUUACGCACGCCCACGACGUCUCUCGCCCGACAAACUUCAAGCAGCGAGGGCCGAAUUUGAACAUCUACUGAAGCUUGGUAUAUGCCGACCAUCCAGCAGCAGUUGGGCGAGCCCGCUCCAUAUGGUGAAGAAAGCAGACGGUUCUUGGCGGCCAUGUGGGGACUAUCGGGCGCUCAACGCACAAACCAUCCCGGAUCGCUAUCCCAUACCGUACCUGCAGGACUUUUCGACUAUAUUGCAAGGUAAAAUUAUUUUCUCUAAAAUUGACUUGCAAAAAGCCUUCCAUCAGGUACCAAUCCAUCACGAGGACAUCGCUAAAACUGCCAUCACGACACCGUUCGGACUGUUCGAGUUCGUGUUUAUGACCUUCGGAUUGCGAAACGCAGCGCAAACGUUUCAACGGAUGAUCCACGAAGUGGUCAGAUGA